UGUGUGUUGAAAUUGUUGGUUUUAACCAAAAUCCAAUAUUUAGCAUGGAGUGAAAAAAGAUUUUUUUUUUUUUUAACACAUAGCCAUUGCCAGUUAAACAGCUGACAAACUCUCCAUAAGCAGAACCAAGCUGAACAUUCAUAUCUAUUUUCCUUUAGUUGUUCUUAAAUAUAGACACAAUGAAAAGAGAUCACUCAUUUAUGAUGAUUAUUAUGAAGAGGUCUUUCAUUAUUUGAAUAUUUGUGAUUAAAUGGCCAGGGACAAUUGUAACUUUCCACCUUCUAGAAAAGGUGCAGUGUUGAGUUACCUCACUGUUACCUGUUAUUUGUUGCUGAGUUAUGCAUAGUUGUAUGUACAUACUGAUGAUUUCAGUGGAGUUGUGAGACCUCAGAUUGAGAUUGAAUGUAAUUAAGGGUAGAGCACAAAGAACCAUUCAUAAUAAUAUAUAAGCAGGUCAGUUUUUUUUAAAAAAUUAAUUAAUUAAUUAAUUUUUUAAAAGAGGAUCAGAAUCCAGUAGAACACAGCAACAGAACCUUGCAAAGUAGAUGGUGAGCCAUCUAAGGAGCUGAACACACUUAUUGAAUGGAUCACUUAUUUGUUUGGAGUUACUUAAAAUAGGAGUGUUAAACAUGCAGCCUGUGGGCCAGAACCAGGCAGAUAAAUGUUCUAAUCUGGCCUACCAAAUGAUAUAAGCAUCUGUAUACUAAAUUAAACUUGUCUUCUGGACUGUAAUGAGCUUAUUGCACAAACAUGUCCACAACUGUGACACUUCCAGCUCUUUCACUACACAUGCAGUAGCUGUAUUUUAUAGUCUGGGUCUGCAAGAGUUCCUGAAGUACUGUAUGUAUGAACACUGGCAACUUCUAGCAAGCUGGAGAAAAGCUUCAAACUGUAUGCUUCAUUAUAUAUGCACAAGAAUGUUGUUGUUCUUUCGGCUGCUCCUGUUAGGGAUCGCCACAGCAGAUCACUGGUUUGCAUAUUUGAUUUGGCACAGUUUAUAAGCCAGAUGCCCUUCCUGACGCAACCCUCCUAAAUUUUAUCUGGGCUUGGGACCGGCACUGGGAGUGCACUGUCGUGUGAAACUCCAGUGGCUGGGGAUCACCAAGAUCGCCAAGGCCUAACCACUAGUCCUCCUGGGAACCUACAUACACAAGAAUGAAGGUAAGAAAAUAACUAUUAACAGAACACCCAAGCAAGUACCUCAAGGACAAGUUGCUGUCUCAAUGUACUAAUGAAUGUAAACUAUGCUGUUGGAAAUGCAAGAGCCACACUAUUUCAGAAUGGAAAUAAGUCAUAACACUGAAUACAAGGAAUCCAUUUAAAUGAAGGAUUUGGGAAAAGAGCUAGUCUCUGUUAUUCCACUAGGAGGCAAAAUAGAGCAAUAAACUUAAUUUCGAGCUAAAACUUAGAUGUUGUAACCACGAAUCCUUCCAAAAAAAUGGGGAUAUUUAUAUAAUCACAACAUUUAAGUUUUUUUUUUUUUUUUUUAAAUUUGUAAGUAAUUUAGCAAAUUAUAUAUUUUUGUAAUGAACCGCAGUGUGUUCGUGUGUUUUGUAGGUGAUCUAUGUUUUUAAUCCGUUUCUGAAUUCAGCAUGUACCUUUCAGAGAACACUUAAGCGGAGAUGUUCAUAUGCUAUUGCUACACAGAACUGAUUCCUUUGGUCCAGCCCACAUGACAUUAGAUUGAGUGUAGUCUAGCUAUCAUAACAUGUGGUAGGACAGAAAGAUUGAGAAAGCACUACAUCUAACAAAACAUAUUGCUCAACAAAGCUAAAGUAAGAGUCAAAGCAUACACCUAAGUAAAACCAAACCAAUUAAACAGUGAAUUCAUUUAAGUAAGAAAAAAUAAAAGGGAAUAAAGCCUAAUUUAGAUUUAACUAGGUUUAUAGGUUUGUAAUAGGUUUAGGAUUAAAGUAGUAGAGUAGUGUAAUAUAAUGUAUCAGGAUAGCUAGCUACUAGGUAGGAUAACAUUACACUUAUGCUGCUUCAUAAAAAAACAAAUUGAAGUUAUACUUUUUAAUCAAAACAUAGGAUGACAAAUUAGUGGGAGAAAUGAAAAAUAUUAACCUGACGAGGUUGGGUUUGGUGCUUAUUUUUCAGUAAAGUUAAUGAUUAGUUAUAGAGUAAGGUGCAUUGGUACCAUAUAAUUUGUCAGUACUGCAAAUAUUUUCUCAGAAUACAGUAUCAAACUUUAAAACACAUAAAAAAUAUUAUAUUGGGUUGGACACAGUAUUUUAUUUUUAAAAAUUUAGAAAUCCUGACUGGUUACUUCGCUUGGUAAACUAAACACAAUGGUAAUGUCAAGCCCAGCUUUCAGUUUGUGAUAACCUUUUUUUAAAAAAAAAGGAAGUGAGAUUUGCUUAUGUACACUCAGAAAAUACAAAUGUCGACAACUUGGGUGGUUUAUUGUCUAAUGCUGUGUCAAAUUCUACAUGGGUAGCAUUGCCGCCUCUCAGCUCCAGGGUCCUGGGUUCGAUCCCGAGCUCAGGUUACUGUCUGUGCGGUGUUUCUCAUGUUCUCCUCAUAUUCACGUGGGUUUCCUCUAGAUUUUCCUCCCAAUGUCCGAAUACAGGUAGGUGCUAGAUUGGGGUGAAUGACUGUGUGAAUGGUUCCCUAUAAUGGACUGGCAUCCCACUGGAAUGAAUUCUCCUGCCCUGUUGCUGGAACACGCCACCCUGCAACACUGCCACUCUGAUCAGCAAAAAGCAGUUACUAUGAAUGAAUGAAUGUAUGAAUGAAAUUAGGAUUAAUGAGUUCCAACCCCUUUGUGUAGGUGUUAUUUAAAACUAUUGUCAAAGACGUAAUUUCACAAGUGAGGUUCCUUAUUUGUGACCAGAAUAGUUCCCUGUUCUGCGCAUAGUUCAAGUUCCUCACAGAUCGACUUUCACACUUUGUUUGUUUGUCAUUGUUGGAUAUUGGUCAUAUGUUCUUAAUAAUAUGACUGUCUUUUGUACUGAUGGCGUAAUAUUCCCCCUCAUGAUCUUCAUUCUCGUACAAAAUGGAAAUGGAGAGGAGUGCACAAAGGUUCUGAACAAUCGACACUAUUCAUGUGAAGGAAGGAAUCUCACCUAUAUACCUAGCAGUAUUCCUUCAUCUGUAGAGACACUGGACUUCAGUUUUAACUUGUUGCCUUCUUUACAAAAGCAUCUGUUUCCUCCACUGAAUGAUUUGCAGGUCCUGGAUCUCACAAGAUGCCAAAUCCAGUACAUUGCUGAUGAUGCUUUCCACAAUGUGAAGAAUGUGACUACUCUAAUUCUUACUGGAAACCCCGUUUCAUACAUAGCACCUGACAGCUUGAACUCAUUACAUAAAUUACAGAGAUUAGUUCUCGUGGACAUUGGCCUGCUGUCUUUAAAUGUGCAGUUCAACAAUCUCACCAAGCUUCAGGAACUAAAAGCUGGAAGUAACAAGAUUCAAACAAUUGCUCUUCCACCAUUCAUGAUCAACUUUAAAGACUUCUGCGUACUGGACCUGCAUGCAAAUAACAUAUCCAGAAUAAAAGUAAAUCACACGGCUGUACUGCGAGAGAUGAGGGGAAAUAUCACUCUAAUACUCUCCAGCAACCCAAUAUUACAUAUCGAACCAGGAGUAUUUAAGGACAUUUACCUAAAAGAGCUUAACAUACAGAGUGCUUUCGUUUCAUUUGAUGCAAUGAGGUAUGGUCUAAAAGCUCUCAGUGGUCUUAAUGUUGGAAAACUCAUUAUAGGAAACUACAUAAUAGACAAGAAUAUAAAGAUAUCAGAUGCUGAUUUUCUUGACGGUCUCUGUUUGAUCAAUUUUAAUGAAUUAUAUUUUUUUCAAAAACAACAUUCAGAUUAUGAAAUCAAUGUGUUCCACUGCAUGAUCAAUGCAACAAAAAUCACUCUGAAAGAAGUCCAUAUAGGAGCCAUUCAGCAUGUCUCAUUCCGUCAGCUUAAAGAACUUUACAUGCAGCAUAACCAAUUGCCCCUCAUACUGGAAAUUUCACAUCUACACUUGUUAGAAAAACUAGUGGUGGUUUAUCAAGAUCCAGUAUAUUUGAGAGGUCUGAGGGACUUGCCCAAACUCCAGUAUGUGGAUCUAAGUACAAACAAAUUGCAUUUGUUUGACUGUUGUUCAGAGUUUUUCUCAGGGAUGCCAAACAUUCAUACCCUUAACCUGAGCUUUAAUGAAAUAAUAUAUCUGAGCAAAAAUCCAUUCUCUGGACUUGACUCCAUGAAGAUUUUGGAUAUUCAGAGGACACACUUAAGGGGAUUGAAUGUACAAUUUAAAUUUUUUAAAAGUCUCAAGAAUUUACAAUAUCUGGACAUAUCAUACUCACACAGUACAUUUUUGAGGACCAUGACCUUUAGUUAUCUAAGUAGUUUAAAAGUACUGAAUGUGGCAGGGAACAAUUUCCAAGGAGAUGCGCUAAAUUAUGUAUUUCAAAAUGUCACAACUUUGGAAGUUCUUCAAAUAUCAGAUUGUGGUAUUCAGAACAUAGACUGGAGAGCUUUUCAAAGUCUUUCAAGACUACGACAUUUGUUUCUUAGUCAAAACAAGUUGACGGUUUUAGAUUUUGUAACCCAUCCAAAUCUAAGAAGCUUAACAUUAUUAGAUGUAGGAACAAAUAGCAUUUUUAGCAUCCCACCUCAUAUUCUGCAAAACCUACCAACAAAUCUCUCAGACCUUGACCUGUCCUUUAAUCCAAUUGAAUGUUCCUGCUCACACAUAGAUUUUAUUAUGUGGAUUGUGAACCAUCAACAAUUAUUUCAACAAUCAACUAACAUUUCAUGUGAAAUUUUGUCACAAGAUUCAAAAAUUAGACUUAUUGACUUUGACACUGAAGGCUGUGUACAUAUCAGAAGACUGACAAUUGUGUUAUGCAUAUGUGCUGUCACUUUUCUUGUUAUUGUAUCAGUUUUGACCUACAAAUUUCAGUUUUAUCUGCGAUAUGGCUAUGUCCUGCUAAGAGGUUAUAGGGCCUCCAGACAGCAGGAAUGUUCUUAUGAUGCCUUUGUUAUCUACUCCAGCAAAGAUGAAUCAUGGGUAAUGGAUGAACUGGUCGAAAAUCUGGAAAAUGGGAGUCCACCCAUUCACCUUUGUCUUCAUGUGCGGGACUUUGAAGCUGGCAAGGCCAUUACCUCCAACAUUAUAGAUGAAGGCAUCAUGGGUAGUCGUAAAAUUAUUGUGGUUGUAUCUAAACACUUCGUUGAGAGUGCCUGGUGUCGUUUUGAAUUUGAAGUGGCGCAGUCUUGGCUAGUGAUGCAAGGCAAUGCUAACAUCAUCAUCAUCAUUCUAGAAGAUGUGGAAGAGAAGUCAAAGAAGGUGUUUGGUCUUCAUAAGCACCUGAAAAACAAUACGUAUCUAAAGUGGAGUGGAAACCCAAUAAAUAACAUGAGAUUCUGGAUUCGUCUUAGGAAAGCUGUGAUCACAAGAAACUGAGUUUUUUUCCCCCACACUGGGUUAGUAAAUUGGUGUCACUUUCUUAUGAAACAGAAUAAAAGAUUCCCAAAUAAAUAAUUUGUGCUUGUGUUCAGCUAAGCAGAGUCAAAGUUUUUAACUCAAUCCUCUACUGGAAUGCUUAGAUUAAAUCAGUCUUAUCCACUUUGUGAAUGGAAUAACAUUGUAGAAAAGAAGAGGAAAUGAGACUCGCUUAUAUCCAUUUACAAAGUGCAAAUGUUUACCUCUGUGGAGUUGUCCCCCAUAUGAAAAAAAAUAAAUAACACAUGUCAUUUGUGAGUGCUGUGAUUUGUGCUAUAAACAUUAUUGUGCUUAAUUGGUUUUUGAGA